GAUCGCUGGACCUUAGACUCGUACAGUUGGAUACAGAUAGACGCAGAGACACAUUGGACAGAGAGAGAGAGAGACCCUGAAAACUGAAAACCUUCAUCGUCGUCCCGUCUUCAUGACCAUCAAGAGUUCAGGUCGAACUACAGCUGAAUCGACGUCGUCUUGUCAGAGCUCGGGUUACUAUUCUCCUAGACCCGUCCGAUUCAGUUCUGAUUCGAUGUACUUGCUACUGAAACCCUAGGGAAAAUGCUGCCAAAUUGGAAGAAACCCCACAUCGAGUUGACGACACCUACCUCCUCGGCGUACAUUUUAUUCAUGUUCUCUGGAACAUUUAGGAUUAAAGAGGGUGUUAAUGGUUCCAUGUAAGAAGAAACCAUGGAGCAUGUAUCGGAGAAAAGAUUUCCUGUCAAUGCAAAGGAUUAUAAGUUAUAUGAAGAAGUUGGUGAAGGAGUCAGUGCCACUGUGUACAGGGCUCUCUGUAUUCCACGCAAUCAGAUAGUUGCAAUCAAGGUUCUUGAUCUGGAAAAGUGCAGUAAUGACAUGGAUGGUAUCCGGCGAGAGGUACAGACAAUGACCUUGAUUGAUCAUCCAAAUGUGCUACGGGCACAUUGCUCUUUCACUUCUGCCCACAGCCUUUGGGUUGUGAUGCCAUACAUGGCUGGUGGGUCCUGCCUUCAUAUAAUGAAAUCUGCUUUUCCUGAAGGUUUUGAGGAGCCUGUUAUAGCUACUUUAUUGCGCGAGGUUCUGAAAGCUCUUGUUUAUCUUCAUGCCCAUGGUUACAUCCAUAGAGAUGUGAAGGCUGGGAAUAUCUUACUUGAUUCUAAUGGUGCAAUCAAGUUAGGUGAUUUUGGGGUAUCAGCUGGCAUGUUUGAUACUGGAGAUAGGCAACGUUCCAGAAAUACUUUUGUUGGGACUCCAUGCUGGAUGGCUCCUGAAGUUAUGCAGCAAUUGCAUGGUUAUGACUUCAAAGCGGAUAUAUGGUCAUUUGGAAUAACAGCACUUGAGCUUGCUCAUGGCCAUGCCCCAUUUUCCAAGUACCCACCAAUGAAAGUUUUGCUGAUGACUUUACAAAAUGCACCUCCAGGUUUGGACUAUGAAAGAGACAAGAGAUUUUCUAAGUCUUUCAAAGAGAUGGUAGCCACUUGCUUAGUGAAGGAUCCAAAGAAACGUCCAACUGCAGAAAAGCUAUUAAAGCACCCUUUCUUUAAACAUGCACGCGCAAAUGAAUAUCUUGCUCGUGGAAUUCUUGAUGGCCUUGCUCUUUUAGGUGAUCGUUUUAGAAUGCUGAAGGCAAAAGAGGCUGAUCUUCUUGUGCAGAACAAAGCUCUAUAUGGGGAUAAGGAGCAGUUAUCACAGCAAGAGUACAUUCGAGGCAUAAGUGCCUGGAAUUUCAACCUUGAAGAUUUAAAAUCUCAGGCUGCCCUUAUUCGGGAUGAUGGCAUGCCAAAUUCUGAAGAUCUGGAUGCUAGUAAGAAGCUGAAAGAUGGGUAUGAUGGUGUUGGGUUCCCAGCUGAGAGACUGUCCCAGGAAAGGGUCAACCAUCCAAAUGCUCACCAUAAUGAUGAGGAUGGGUUCAAUGAUAUUCGUGAUUUGAACAGUUCACUCCCUUCCUUUCCUGUGAAACCUCUGCAAGCACUUAAAGGUUGUUUUGAUGUUUGUGAGGAUGAUGUUAUUGUGAGUAGUCCAAGAGCUGUGGAUCAAGAAAAUGGAAGAAAUGAGGGUGAGAGUUCAGGACAGAGUUGUAUUUUACCACAGCAUGUAAUUUCUGAGCAUAAAAAAGUUAUGAGCAGUUCAGUACUAGCAGAGAAUGCUGUCUCUCCUAAAAAGUUUGCUGGUGACGGGGACAGGGAUUAUCUACAAACAAAAUUUCAAGCCGAGCAAAACUACAGUGGUUCGAUAUUGUAUCGUCAGAAAAAAGAUGCCAAUAAGAUUUCAUCUGUUGAGGAUACAUCAGAAGGAUCGGUUGUACAGCGUAGAGGGCGCUUUAAAGUCACUUCAGCUGACCUCAGCCCAAAGGGUCCUACAAACUGCAUAAAUUGCCCAGUUUCUGGAGGUUCAACCAGUCCAACAAAGAUUAACCUUAAAUCUGCCUCAUUUCUCCCAUCUCUGCAAUGUAUUCUGCAGCAGAACACCAUGCAAAGGGAAGAACUUAUUAAAUUGAUCAAGUAUGUGGAACAAACCUCUGGCAAGCAACCAGAACCAGAGCCACUAGUUGCUGUCACAAGUGACCUGCUGCAGAUGUCCCCUGCCACCUCUAGGGAGAAAGAGCUGCAAUAUCAAGUGAAUCAUCUGCAACAAAGUCUUGAGAACCUUGUUGAGGAAUUGCGGAGACAUAAGAUGAAAAAUGACCAGUCCGUUUUCUAAUGGGGGGGUGUGCAGUUAGAAAGACAAUUAAAUGCAUUGGUCAACAAAGAAGAAAAGUUUUGAAAAGUGGAUGAAGCGCAGCGUUGUUUUUCAAAUCACCGCCACCUUGUGCCCAGAAAGAAGCGGAAUGAUGUUUUUCAUAUCACCGCCACCUUGUGACCAAAAAGAAGCACAAACUUAUGAGUAGGUGAGUGAUGAGAAGGCAUAAUUUCCAACACCUGAUUAUUUUCUUCAAUGGCUAGUGAGGGUCUCUAAGAUACUUCUGAGAGAGGUAUAGGGCAUUUUUUUAUUGUAUUCUAGUGUAUCAUACGUGUGAAGAUGUGUUAAGCCAGAGACGCAAUUUUGAAAUCUUGCUUCUCGAUUCAAACUGUGUAACAUGUAAAAUCUAUUUACUGCAUAAUGUAAUUAUAUUACAGUUUCAUUCUC